AUGUGCAAACUACAGAUAGAAAUGUUAUGGACUAUUUUAAUAAUUAUAGGUAUUAUCGAACGCACACAAGCAGCUUGGUUGAGGUGUUACAAAGGGUCUCUAUCGGAGUAUCUCCGAACUCCAUUAGAAAACCCACUGCCAAUAAUCCAGUCCUCAUGCUUCGACAAGUCCCAACCAACCGUGUUUUACACAUUCGGUUACCAAGGCAAGACCGCCGGACCAGCUACCACGGCGGUCCUCGACGCUUACAUAACCAAGAAGAAGAGGAACCUCAUACUCCUGGACUGGGAGGAAGAGGCGAAAAUGGGUGCACUUGGAUUUACUGUCAGCUAUGUGACAUCAGCUGCACCGAAUGCUAAACGGAUAGGCGAGGAGCUUGGAAACAGUUUACUUAUCCUAGUAAACGCGGGACUUGAUUUAAAUAGCAUUCAUUUAAUGGGACAUUCUCUCGGCGCUCAAUUGAUGGGCUACACGGGAAGAUUUAUGAGACAGAGGGGAAAGGCGGUAAGCAGAAUAACAGGACUUGAUCCGGCACGCGCUUUAUUUGAAGGCACCUUCUCUUUUUACACAACACUGAGCAGAACCGAUGCCAAGUUCGUCGACAUUAUUCAUACCGACCCUGGUAAUUACGGCACAAGCAAAUCAACGGGAACAGUCGACAUAUGGCCAAAUUACUAUGGAGGAAAUAACAAGCAGCCCGGCUGCCCCAAGGAUUCAUCUGACAGGUUCAGUAGUAAUGACCUGUGCAGCCAUAAUCGCUCGUGGCAGUACUUCGUGGAAGCAAUAUUGUCCCCCACCAACAUCUCGGCUAUCUACGCGGACGACUACCAGGCCUGGCUGGAGGACUAUACGAGAGGCAACCAAACUGUGUACAUAGGAGACUUGAUUAACACGCGAGCGCGAGGCAAUUACUACUGUUCAACUAAUUCCGAGCCUCCAUUUGGAAAAGGGGCAGAGGGACUGAAGCCAGACUACCAAGGAGCUACCUCCCCCAGUGCGACCCCUAUUUCAUAA